CAAAUGGGCGUGGUUAGAAGCCAAAGACGGCUGAGCGGCUCCACCUGGCAGUGCUAACUCACCCAGACCUCGUUACCGGUCACUGUGAGAGGAUUCAGCCUAAAACCACCUUCAUUAUCAUCUUUCUGUCAGCAGUCAUUCUGAAAAAACUCCAAAAUGCGAGAAUGCAUCUCCGUUCACGUGGGCCAGGCCGGUGUGCAGAUGGGGAACACCUGUUGGGAACUCUACUGUCUAGAGCACGGCAUUCAGCCAGAUGGUCAGAUGUUGGCCCAAAAGCCCACAGGUGGCCACGACGACUCCUUCACCACCUUUUUCAGUGAGACUGCAGCUAGGAAAUACGUCCCAAGAGCAAUCUUUGUUGACCUUGAACCCACUGUCAUUGAUGAAGUGAGAGCGGGGACAUAUCGUCAACUUUUUCAUCCCGAACAGCUGAUUUCAGGAAAAGAGGAUGCAGCCAACAACUAUGCUAGAGGACACUACACCAUUGGUAGAGAGAUCAUCGACUCUGUUCUGGACAGAAUUCGCAAACUGGCUGAUCAAUGUACCGGGCUACAAGGAUUCUUGGUCUUCCACUCCUUUGGUGGAGGCACCGGCUCUGGUUUCACGUCCCUGCUGAUGGAGAGACUCUCUGUUGACUUUGGGAAGAAGUCCAAGCUUGAGUUUGCCAUCUACCCUGCUCCCCAGGUUUCCACAGCUGUAGUGGAGCCUUACAACUCCAUCCUAACUACCCACACCACCUUGGAGCACUCUGACUGUGCAUUCAUGGUGGACAAUGAAGCUAUCUAUGACAUCUGCCGCAGGAACCUUGACAUCGAACGUCCAUCAUAUACUAAUCUCAACCGGCUUAUCAGCCAGAUAGUCUCAUCCAUCACAGCCUCACUCCGCUUUGAUGGAGCUCUGAAUGUCGAUCUGACCGAGUUCCAAACUAACUUGGUGCCAUAUCCUCGUAUCCAUUUCCCUCUGGCCACCUACGCACCCAUCAUCUCUGCUGAGAAAGCCUACCACGAGCAGCUGUCUGUGGCUGAAAUUACCAACUCCUGCUUCGAACCGGCUAAUCAGAUGGUGAAAUGUGACCCUCGCCAUGGCAAAUACAUGGCCUGCUGUCUGCUGUAUCGUGGUGAUGUGGUCCCCAAAGAUGUCAACUCUGCCAUUGCAGCUAUCAAAACCAAACGCUCCAUCCAGUUUGUAGACUGGUGCCCCACAGGGUUCAAGGUGGGCAUCAACUAUCAGCCUCCAACUGUGGUUCCAGGUGGAGAUCUGGCUAAGGUGCAGAGAGCCGUGUGUAUGUUGAGCAACACCACGGCCAUAGCUGAGGCCUGGGCUCGACUAGACCACAAGUUUGAUCUCAUGUAUGCCAAGAGAGCCUUCGUCCACUGGUAUGUUGGUGAGGGCAUGGAGGAAGGAGAGUUCUCAGAAGCAAGAGAAGACAUGGCUGCUCUGGAGAAAGAUUAUGAAGAAGUGGGGAUUGACUCAUUUGAAGAGGAUGAGGAAGGGGAGGAAUAUUAAGAAUCUGCUUUUUUUUCAGGAACACAGCUAGUCUUAGUUUUAUUUAUAGGAGAAAGAUAAUAAAACAUGAGAACAUGUGAAUGUUUUUUUUCAGUUUUAAUUCUACCGGUUUUAUACUUUUAUUUUAAUGUGCCUUCCUCUAAGGGUAUAGCCUAUUCAUACCUCUGAUACUUUACGAUGUUUUAAAAGCUCGUAUUGAUAAUCAAAUAAUUGGUUUUAUUUUUCCAAAUUAAAAUGGCAUACAUUUUACAAAGGAUGCAUUUUUCUUUGUCAAUAAACCUUCACCCAAAAACUGA